ACAGGCAUACAGCCUCUAACACACUAAGAUCGCGUGAUGAGACUGCACAAUCCUGGUCCCCGGGUUUCCAUGGUUACGUGACAUAGGUCCCAGCCCCGCACUUCCUGACAUGCCAGCGGAGACAGAAGAUGGCCAGCGCAUGCUGUACAACACAAGUGGUGGGGAUAUAAGGUGAGCGUCUGUGUUGUUGUACACACUGGGUUCCUAUGGUGAUGGUUUGUUUUGACGUGUAUCGCGUCUCCUGCGCGAUGACUUCAUUAGCGCUGGCCACGGCCGGGAGGCAGAAGAUGGCCAGUGCACGCUGUAUGGCGCAAGUGGUAGGGGAUAUAAGAUUGUCACCAUCUUCCCCAGCCAACAACAUCAGACAUGGCAGUUCACUUAUUCACAAAGAAGGAAUUCUCAUCAGUUUAUCAGAAGUACAUGAUCCCAGUCUCCAAUAAUAUCAUUGAUAUAAUUUUAUCUUACAUGAAAGAUAAACAGAAAGGAAAGUCUCCUGAAAUGGCGCUGGAUGUUGGCUGUGGGACAGGCCGGUACACUUUGCCUCUAGCUCCUCACUUCAAGAAGGUUCUGGGAAUAGACACCAGUGAAUCUCAAAUAAAUUUGGCCAGACAAUACACUUUAGCAAAGAAUGUGUCCUACGUGGUAGGACAAGCUGAGAACUUACCACUGAAAGAUGCCUCUGUGGACCUGGUGAAUGCUGGUCUCGCUGCUCAUUGGUUCGAGGUUGACAAAUUUGUUCAUGAAGCAACUAGAGUGAUCAAAUACAACGGCUGCCUUGCUAUUCAUGCUUACUAUCCAUCCACUGAAAUUGAGUAUGGUGAUCUGUCAGGAGAACUUACAGCACUAAUGGCAGAGGUAUGGAAUAUUUUAUUCAAGCAUUCUUCCAAGUAUACACAGCACAUGCUAUGUCAAUACCAAAAAAUAUAUGAAGCUGUGCCACUAAAAGACAAGGCAUGGAUCACUGACAUACCAUUCACGGUUCAGAUGCCCAUGUCAGACAUUAUGGGCUAUAUACAGGCGAUUUACAUGUACCAGGUAUUUGCGGAAAUAGAUCCAGCUGGAGCAACAGAAUUCUUGGUAACAACUGAGCAGAAGUUCCGAGACAUACUGGGGAAAAAGGCUGAUUCUGCUGUGAUGAACGCCCAAAUUAAACACUAUUGCAUCCUGGCUUGUAAGCAUUAACACAGUGGCCACAUAAGACACAUUAAUGACCAUCAAUUCUUUUCUACCCCAGUGGACUAAUAAAGUGAUACAUCUUUAUUCAUUAUCACCAUAGUCUGGUCACAUGACACUUUAAAUGGGUUGGGUUAUAAAUGCCCCUCUCCCCGCAGCCUAACCCUAACCCUCCCCCUGCAGCCUAAUGCUAAGUUAAUCAAUCUAAGUACGUAGCACUUUAAUUGUCAACGCUAGUGGUGACAUUUGUCUUAUAUAAAUAUGCAUUUAGUCUUAUAAAUUAGCCAAAUGUUACUGUAACAUUCUCAGGGGGAAUUCAAUUAUCCACCAUCCGUUUUUGUGGUAAAAUUCACUGUAAAUUCCCUUCUUUGUGCAAUUUUCUUUCAGUGUAAUUGAAUUACCCUUCUUCACGAGAAAUCACACAGGAUAAGUUCCCGAAUCCAUGUGUUUUAGCGAUAGUAGCAGUCAGUGUAGGACUGCGGCAUGAAGGGCCCACCGGGGGAAUGCUGUGAUAGGGGCCCAUACUUAAGGGUGUGACCAGCCUACAAAGGGGGUGUGGCCAGCCUCCACAGAGGCUUGAAAUACACAAUAGUCUAGUGCAGUGUAAUGCAACAUAUCUACCAUGUAUAAUACAAGUGCACAGUCUGGAGCCUGAUCCCGUAGAGGAAGGAGUGGGCACUCAGGCAGUGGGGCCUACCGGUGGUUUCCCUGGUACCCCUGUGGGCCAGUUCGACCCUGGUGGCAGUGAAACCAGGUACGUUAGCACAGAUUUGUUUUCCUCCUGUUUCCAGGCAGGUGAGACAAAAUCUGUGAUACUUCCACAUAUAUCUGCUUAUUGAAUAGGCCCCCUUGGAUCAAUUAGCUGCGGUAAAUUACAGCGGCUAAUUGAAUUCCGCUCAAUUAGCUCCUGAGGGGGACAGAUAUAACAUGUGCAGAGAGAGUUAGAUUUGGGUGGAUUAUUUUGUUUCUGUGCAGGGUAAAUACUGGCUGCUUUAUUUUUACACUACAAUUUAGAUUUCAGUUUGAACACACCCCACCCAACUCUAACUCUCUCUGCACAUGUUACAUCUGCCCCACCUGCAGUGCACAUGGUUUUGCCCAACUGCUAACAAAUUUGCUGCUGCGAUCAACUCUGAAUUAGGCUCAUUGUUACACACUGGUUCUCAUUUAGCAGAGCUUUAGUGGAGAAGGGUGACAUAGCGCUCACCAGCCGGUGAGUGUAUAUAGGUAUUGGGUAGUGGUGCAGGAUCACUGGAAUCAUUGUGUAUUGCAGGCAAUCACUGGUCUCUCUGGAGCUACAUAAGCGAGAGGCAUUUGCUCUAACACACAUGCUCAGUAGUGAUCUCAGUGCCCAUCUUGGGAUAGGUCAUGACUCCACCCUGAAAUACAGGAAGACUGGAGUCUGCACACUAGCUCAAGAGAUACUAGGUUUUAUCUGCCAUGUCUGAGUAAUGCUAAUUAAAUUGAAUGACUAAUUUGUUCUUUCUAUGCGAUGCAAUGUUUUCAAAAGAAAUAUGCACGGUUUUAGUUCUACAACCAUCUUUGUGUGUUGAUAUUGACUUUGUUU